AUGUGCAAAAUUUUGGUGCUUCUACUAUUUUCCUUCUGCUUCUUCAUCGUCACAAACGCAAUAGUUUGUAGGGAUGGUUUCACUUUGAUUAACAACAACAAAUGUAUUGCGGUGAGAUAAAUCAAUAAAAAUAUGGAUCAGUGUGGAAAUAAUGUGCAAAAUUUUGCAGUUUUUGCCUCCAUAUUUUGAUCCAGGAUAUUCCAAUUCUGAAUAUCGAUGUAAUUGGUUGGGUGGUAAUGUCGUAUCUAUUCGCACAGCAAUCGAUAAUACAGCAAUUGCAAAACUUGCCAUAAAUAAAGGAUAUCUAGAUAAAAUAUGGAUUGGUUUAAAAUGUUGGGAAGAUAACAACCCAGAUAAUUGUAUAUGGGCUGAUCAACAGGGAAAUGCUUCGAGUUAUAACAACUUCCAACCAGGAAACCCACAAACUAACAAUGGUAGUUGUGUAUACAUGAUACCAGCUACAGGCAAAUGGGUUAGUGGAGAUUGUGACAAUGUGAGAUUUACCGUAGCUUGUGAAACCGAUAUAAUUGGUGCAUGUACUCAUAAGUUUGGUGAUUAUUGCUAUCAUCCAAUCGUAGGCGGUACGAAUCAUGAUGAAGCAUUGAAUAUUUGCGAGCAAUUGUGUGGUGGAAGUCUUGUUUCGAUUCAUUCUCCCGAAGAAAAUGAAUAUAUUCGUGGAUAUUUUAUUGAUCCAAAAAUCACUAGAAUCUAUAUUGGCGCAAAAAUGAGCAAUGCCGCGACAAAUUAUUGGAGCGAUGACACCGAUUGGGAUUUUGUUAAUUUUAAUCAUUCGAAUAUAAACGAUGGACUGUGUUAUACCAUGUCAACAAAUGAUGGGAAAUGGAACAGUAUAAAUUGUGGAAGAAGUUUGCCAUCAAUAUGCAAAUGGAAAGCAAGUUCCUCAUGUCAAGCAACAUGCACUGGUCCGAAAUAUCGAGAAGAAACGGGACUUGUAAGCUUUUUUAUCUAUUCAUUCACUUGCCAAGGCUUCCCGAGACUUCCCACGGAUUCCCAGGGCUUCUGAAGGCGUACCAACGCUUCUAGCAGCACCUAUCCUCAAAAAAUGAGAAAAAAUAGUAGCAUUGCAGCGAGAAAACACACAGAAACCGCCACGAGGAAACGGCGAGACAAACGCGCUCUAGCGAACUAGCGGCGUUUUUUUCAGCAUUCAACCUUUCCAAGCAAAAUAUGAGGAGAGAACUGAAUUUUAAAGGGGGGGGGGUAAGACAACAAAAUUUUUUGUCGCAAAGUUAAAGGCUCCCCAAAAAUAGUAAAACCUCCAAGGGAUUUUUUCUGGAAACGCUCAGAAAAAAUGUUCCAUAAACUAGGUACCACGUAUAGCUGAAAAAAGUUCAUGGAAUAUUUUUUUCGGACCUUUUUUGGCCUUUCGAGAAAAAAUCCCCUGGGGCUUUUACUAUUCAAAGAGGGCCCGAUCUUUUGCGCAAAUAAAAUUUUGUCGUCUUACCCCCCCCUUAAGAUUAAUUACUUUACACAAAAAAUGAAAGGAUAAGAUUCUCUACCUAAUUUGAGUUUUAAGAAUUUUCAAAAUUUUUGAAAAAUUUUUUAUAUACAUAUACAUGCUUAUUUAUUGUUAAUGUUAAUCAACGGAUUAAGUAUUGGUACUCUGUUGAUGAAAUGUCAUUAAAGUUUAUAGACCGUUCUUAAACCUUCCAGCUUCUGUGACUUUUUAGCCCGAUAGUUUUUUCUAGAUCACUUUGCUCACUUCUGAAUUAUCUUACAAUCAAUAUCGCGGAAUUCCUCCAUGCUAUUAUGUUUUACAUGUUCCAAACGGGUUAGCUGCUAUAUGGUUUAAUAGUCUUCAAUUGGACCCGGUGAGAGAGCACGAUACAAAUGUUUCAGAAGUAUUUUUUAUUCAUUUCAGAACUCAUCAAUCGAGUUAUAUUCUGGAACUUCUGAAAAUUCAACUCUUCUUGCUAAUAUCACUCAGGAAAAUCAAAAUGACUAUUAUAAAUCAUUAACGUCUUCAAGUCAAUUUAUAAAACUUGUUUCCAAUCAAUGCAACGACAAUUGUGAUGUUACCAACGAUUAUUCUUGGUCAGCAUUGUUUGGCCCAAACUACGGUGCAAGUUGUGGAGAGGUAUUAUACACACGUGGUGUUAUAACAUCUCAAAAUUAUCCAAAUAAUUAUCCGAAUAACUAUAAUUGUACUUAUUAUAUUCAAAAUCCAGGAGGAUAUUUGUGAGUUAGAUAAUGGUGGCGUUGGGCGUUUUUUAAAUGUCUUUUUAUCACAAAAUAUUAUUGUGCAUAGGCCCAUAACAUUUCAGCAUUACCAUAUACUUUGAUCACUUCGAAACCGAAGAAAAUCAUGAUUUUGUGAAUGUUUACGAUCAGAAGUCUGGAACACUUCAAUAUUCAUUCUCUGGAAACUGUACUCAGUACUUGUUCGGCUCGGAAAAAUCGAUGAGAAUUGAAUUUACAACUGAUGGAAGAAAUACGUUUUCCGGGUGGUCCGCCCAUAUCGAUUUAGUGUAA